AUGUCUGCGAUUCCACCCCCAAUCGCUUCGUCGUCCAAAGCAUCCUCCUCUUCUGGUCCCGCUUCUCCAGCGCAGAACCAGCCGGGCGCACUCAGUACCAGCAACUUCUUCGGACAGCAGCGGGGAACAGCACCAGGAGGGUCAACGCGAUCGUCUACCCCACGAGGCAACCAGCAAAGCAGGAAGCAGCACAAGGGCUCCAGACGUUUCAGGCAAGCGGAUGAGGAUGCCAUUGACGAGUCUCUCGCCAUGGCUCCCUUUACCAAUCGCAAAGGCCAGACUUCCAUCACUCACCUCAUGAACUUUAGCCUUCCUCCUCGCCCUCAAAACCAUCAGUCACAUAGCCAUGGUAGGCAUUACCGACGAAAUCCGACUUGGGGCCUGGGAUCAGGCUACCAUGCAGUCGACAAGGCAAGAUAUGUCCAUGCGAACUAUCGCUUCAUUGUAGAUCCUCGCGGUGACUAUCGAGCGCAGAGUGUUGACGCAGAUAUCCACCUGGACUGGAACAAUGUCCUUCAGAUAUUGGCAUCUGAACUCUCGCAGGAAGCCUCCUGUCCAAUCUGUCUUGGGGCUCCGGUAGCUCCAAGGAUGGCCAGGUGCGGACACAUCUUCUGUCUUCCCUGUCUGAUUCGAUACAUGCAUUCAGAGGACGAAGGCAAAGCGCCGGAAAAGAAGGCACGAUCAAAAAAGUGUCCGUUGUGCUUCGAUACGAUCUAUACGGCUGAGACGAGGCCUGUGCGUUGGUAUAUCGGCCAAGAGAAUGAAGCGCCUCGAGAGGGAGGCGAUGUGGUACUGCGUCUGGUGGUCAGAGCAGCCGGAAGUACACUGGCAAUGCCGCGCGAUGGUGCGGAUGCUUUGGCCAAAGAUGAGGACAUUCCGUGGUACCAUGCGGCGGAGGCCAUGGAUUAUGCCCGCGUCAUGCGAGGCGGAGAAGAUUACAUGAUGGAGCAAUUUGACUUAGAGAUUAGCAAGCUGGAGCAACAAGGCAAGGAGGAUGAAGUCAUGUUCGCAGAGGACAGCAUGGAAUGGACGAAGAAAGCCAUACGAAUCAUUCGUGAGGCCAAAGAAAAGAUGAGAGGUAUUGGCAACCCGCCAGAGGAGCCACCAAAGCCGGUCGAACCAAAAGUCAAGAGAGCGCCGAUCGUUUUCGAUGAAGAACCCGGAGCUGCACCUGACAUGUACAUAAUGCGCAACUUUCUCGAGUCGGGACAGGAUUUUGUACCACAGAACGCUGCUCCAGACACCAAUGCCGUAAAUCACAAGGAGCAGAGGGCAAUGUCCACCUCUUCUCAUUCAUCAAAGACAAAUCAUGCUACUGCAUCAACAUUAGCGGAGAUGCGCAAUCGCCAGCAGCAUGAACAACACAAAACUCCUUCUGAAUAUUUCUUUUAUCACGCAUUAUUACAUUACUAUCUUUCGCCCCUCGACAUCCGCAUCUUGAAGGCGGCGUUUGGUAAUUUUGCAUCAUUUCCAUCCACGAUACUACCACGCGUAGAGCGGAUCUCCACUGGCCACGUUGUGGACGAUGAGCUACGGAGACGGACUAAGUACCUGGCUCACCUUCCAUAUGGUUGUGAGGUCAGCUUCCUUGAAUGCGAUUGGACUGAUACUGUUGCGCCUGAGGUAUUGGCGCAAUUCAAGUCGGAGAUUGAAAAGAGACGGAAGAAGCAUACCGACAAGGAGAAUAGGGAAGAGAAGGCGCGUCUACGAGCGGAGAAGGCUGAGUACGCCGAAUUUACGUCGACACGUCGAAAACGCCCAAGCAUCUCGGAGAGGUUUUCAGCAGACGACUUCCGACCUUUGGCAUCAGGUAGCGGCUCAGACGCACAAGCUGAUGGUGAGCAUACAUCGUCCUCGCCUCCAUGGCCGUCUCGACGAGGUGACGGCUUCGAAUCGUUAGCUUCACCUUCGACAAGUCCCUCUGCGCCACGAACCGUCUGGGGAACUGCGGUGAUUGCAGGAACAUCUCCCAUCAUCGCACCGCAAGAUCAGAAUGAUGGAGAGGAUGGUUGGUUACAAGGUUGGGAAAAGGAUCUACUACAGGAAGAAGACAUGCUUGCUCAAGCCCAAGCGUUAUCGCUGGGUGAGGGACAAGAAGCCCCGAAGAAGCAGGCUGGUGGAAAGAAGAAGAAGGGAAAAAAGAUAACUCUCAUGAGCACAAAUGUUCGAAGAGGAUCCAGCUCGCAUACACGCGCCAUCAACAAAGACACCGAAAAGAUGCUUAUCCAGGAAACUCACAAAGAUGUACCAACCAAGGCGGGUGGUGAUAUGAGGAUCUUUCUCUUUCACCCAACAAUUCCAAAUUAUCCCAAGGCCAAGUUUCCGGGUGUUGUUGUAUUCUCCGAGAUCUAUCAAGUCACGGGCCCCGUUGCUCGAUUUGCUCGCCAAAUAGCGUCUCAGGGGUACAUCGUAGCAGCGCCGUCAUCUUACCACGAGUUUACCGGGCCAGAGCCACUUGCUUACGAUGGUCCUGGUACGGACAAAGGGAACGAAUGGAAGAUCACCAAGACGGUAGAGGCCUAUGAUGAAGACGCUACACUCUCAGUAGACGCUUUGCUUGCUCUGCCAACCUGCAAUGGAAGAGUCGGUGCUACGGGCAUGUGCCUAGGUGGCCAUCUUGCAUACCGCUGCGCCCUAGACCCACGCGUCGUCUCAGCAAUCUGCUACUUCGCAACAGACAUCCAUAGCAAGACCCUUGGUGCCGGUAAAGACGACGACUCUCUUGCCCGUGCCAAAGACAUCAAGGCCGAACUCGUCAUGAUCUUUGGCAAGAUGGACAAUCACGUUCCACCUGAGGGCCGGGACUUGAUCAGGAAGACAUUGCACGAUGCCGGUGUGAACUUUUCAUUCUAUGAGCCGGCUUGGGCCCAGCAUGCGUUUAUCCGUGAUGAGUCGAGCAAGGGACGAUAUGACGCUGCGCUUACUGGCAUCUGCUUUGAGAUGUUGAAGGAGCUGUUCAAUCGAACACUAAGGUCAGAUCUGGGACCGCGUGCUGGUGGUGAUGUUGAAAUUGAGGAUGUAUGCUAG